AUCUUUAUAUUUUAUACUACUAUAAUCUUUACUAGCAUAAAGAUUGUGGUAGACUCCGGCGUUGUUCGUGUGUCAAAGUUGGAGACCGGACGCUUGAACGGUUACGUUUGCACUUUCAACGCUCUUCCUACGACUUCUUCAUUUUUACCGCUUACGGAGAAAGGUAUAAAUUUCUUACUCACUAUAUGUUUUAGUACGUGAUUCUGGGCAAGAUAAUCAUGUUAGGAUGUUAAAAUUUUUAUAUUCCACUGCCUAUCCUUGCAUGGUUUCCUUUCAGUCGCUCCACUUUUCGAUCGACCCCUUGGGCAACUUAUGGAACCAUUCACAAGCUUGCCCCUCCAAUGUGGCCAGGAAGCAUCGGCACUUGACCUGCGGGGUCUUAAAAUUUUCCAGGAGAGGACAGGACAUUAUCCUUCUAGAGAAGGGCGUUACCUCGCUGAAGACCGCCUGGCGGUAUGGAUUUUGGGCAUCCAGCCGCUUCUCCAAACGCUCGUACAUCCUCCACAACUCGAUCGCUUCUUUGUCCUCGAUCGCCUUUCGUCGCUCUUCUGAGCCAAUCUUGGACGUUGCUGAGGACUCUCCUCUCCUCUCCUUGAGUUUCUCUCUCAAGUCGCCCUUGCGAGCCGACCGAGUAUCCUGUAGCCGAUCGAACGUCGAGGUCCGGGGCAUCUUUGAUGCGGGAUCUCCCAACCGAUCGAAGGCUGACACCCGCUCAAAGGAAGAUGACUCAUCUUCCUCGUCCAAUCUAGACAGCUCGUCCUCCAUCCUUGCCUUUCCGUUGGGCUUGGCCGCCUUCUUCUUCUGGGACCGCCUUACUUUCUUCUUCUUUUUUCCUCCUGAGCCCGCAGGUCAAGCCUUCCCUCCUGCGGGUUCUCCGGUCGCGUCCUCCACCACAACCUUGAGAUUUGGGGUCAAGGCCGCCAACACCUCCUUGAACUGUUCUUCGGUGAUCCCGACCCUCUAGAUGAGGGCCUCUGCCUCCCUCACGCUAAUAGGAGGGUGGCGGCUUCCGGUAGCAUUGUUCUCACCCUAGAGAGGGACUCUGGUUCCUAAAUUCGCGUUGCUACGGGUCUGCACCAUUGUCUUCUUGGAAGGUUUUUCCUGUGUAUGAUCCUCGAGCUCUCAACGAGAGCACCAAUUUGAUGGACAAUAAAUCCACCGAAUGAUCCGAUCCAGAAGAAUGGAUCAGAAGAUAUAAAAUAAGAACGAGAACUCGAGAAUUAUAGGUAUGUAUUAUUAGCUUGAUUCAACUUGAGGAUUCCCAU